CACGUGCAAAUUGCGCAUUGUCGUUUGGGUCGAGAAUAGUUUUUUUACACAGUUUAUUACUCGUACAUAUGAAUAAAAAUUCGGUGAGGAGCGUUUUGAAGUAACUAAUGUGAUGGAAUCAAUAAACCAGUGCCACUGCUGCCUGCAGCGGCCUUCGGCGAAAGAUUUGAGGACACCGUACACUCUUCUCGGCAUAACGGAAAUAUACUCGGUCAUGUUAGAAGAAUGCUUUGCAAUGAGACUAACAUCAUGUGAUGAUGGCAAGAGUGGUAUCUGCAAGGUGUGUCUGGGGCGGCUGCGGGAGGCGUGCCUCUUCAAGUUGCAGGUACAGCACUGCCAGGCCGAGCUGCAGGAGAGGCUAGAGGGAGGACUGAGUGUCAAAGAGGAAGCCUUAAAAGAUGAGCCCCCUGAAGAUGGCGCGUGCAGCGAGUCUCCCGAGCCUUCCUUACCUUCAGACGAGGAGCCCCUGGAGCCGCUGCCUGAAGAUGAGGCGGAAGACCAUUAUCUGUUACAUGAUGCAGCUACUUCAGGCGGCGAGUACGGAGUUAGCACGGCGCCCCUGUCCUCGCGCGUCAUGCAGCAGCUCGCGCUGGCGUGCUCCGUGAGGCUCGAGCGCCUCCGCCACUCCUCGCGCGCGAGCCAGCCGUGUCCCGUGACGUCACACCGCGAGCCGAGCCCCGCCGGCAGUGUGCAGGACGUGACGUCACACCGCGAGCCGAGCCCCGCCUGCAGUGUGCAAGACGUGACGUCACACCGCGAGCCGAGCCCCGCCGGCAGUGUGCAGGACGUGACGUCACACCGCGAGCCGAGCCCCGCCGGCAGUGUGCAGGACGUGACGUCACACCGCGAGCCGAGCCCCGCCUGCAGUGUGCAAGACGUGACGUCACACCGCGAGCCGAGCCCCGCCGGCAGUGUGCAGGACGUGACGUCACACCGCGAGUCGAGCCCCGCCAGCAGUGUGCAGGACGAGUCUGGUGACACACCCGCCGAGGAACAAGCCUACAUGUCCGCCGCAGCUGUUGAGCUUCCGCCGGCGCAGCGUGUCACCCGCGCGAGCCGAGCCGAGCUCGAGCGUCGCCACGCCUCGGCGCACCAACCUAGAUUAAUCAGACAUAUAAAUAACCAACACACAGACAUAUAUUCAUGCAGAAUCUGUUCACAAAAGUUCUCAAACAAAACUCUCUUCAAACAACAUGAACACACGCACAUGGAACUAGAAAUAUACAUUUGCGAUAUGUGUAAUAUAAAAUUCAGUCUGAAAUCAGUUUUAAUUAGACAUAUUUUUAACUUUCAUAUGAAGAUAAAUGAAGUGUGCAAAGUUUGCAACAAAAUUGUUCACAAAACGUACUUAAAGAAACAUCAAAGACUACACACUGGUGACAAACCAUACAAAUGUAAGGUAUGUGGUAAAAAAUUUGCACUAGUUGAAUAUUUAAAUUUACACCAAACUGUUCACAGUGGUGAGAAACGAUACAAGUGUGAAGAAUGUAACAAACAAUUCAAAUAUAAACGUAGUUUAAACAAACAUAAAAAAAUUCACACCGGCGACAAAAGAUAUAGCUGUGAUCAAUGCGGCAAACGUUUUAUAGAAAGCAGCACUUUAACUGAACACAAAAGAGUUCACACAGGUGAGAAAUUGUAUAAGUGUGAUGAAUGUGACAAAUUAUUUGGAUAUAGAAACUCGUUAAAUAGACAUCAAAAAAUUCAUGCCCUAGGUGAUAUUUACAGCUGCAACUUUUGCGACGAGAAAUUUCCACUAAUGAUACUUUUAAAUAAACAUAAGAAUAAGCACGUCGGAGAGAAAGCGUACGGCUGCGCAGAAUGUCACAAGAGAUUUAAGACUAAAUCUGAAUUAGAUUUCCAUAAAGUAACGCACAAAGCAGACAGGCCAUACACCUGUGACAGGUGUGGUAAGCAAUUUAAACACAUAAAAAAUUUAGAUCAACAUAAAAAAACUCAUGCAGAAAAAUCUCACAGUUGUAAUAAAUGUAACAAGAAAUUCACACACAAGCAUCAGUUAAAUGCUCAUGUAAGAACUCACACUAAAGAAAAAGCAUUUGUUUGUGAAAAAUGUGGCGCGCGAUUCGCUCAAAAUUAUAUUUUACAGAAACAUAAACAAAUUCAUUUUGAAAAGAUAUCCGGUGACUGAGUGAGUGUGAGGAAAUUAACUAAACGAAUUCAUUAUUAUUUCUUUAUUUAUUUAAACUCUUA